AUGUCUCUCAGAAGGAUCAAUGACACCAAAGGUGUUGCGCUGACUGGCUCACCACAUUCUCAAGCAAUCGUCUCCCGCGAAGGCGUAGUCUACUGCUCCGGCCAACUGCACAUGGACGCCACCGGGGCCUUGAUCUCAGGCACCGUCCGCGAAAAGACUCGUCAAUGCCUUUCCAAUCUUAAAGCCGUGCUCGAGAAUGCUGGAAGUAAUAUGGAUCUUGUGAUGAAGGUUAACAUCUUCUUGCAAGAUAUGAGUGAUUUCGCCGAAGUUAACGAGGAAUAUAAGUUAUGGUGGACAGGGGAGCACAAACCUGCGAGGAGCUGUGUGGCGGUGAAGACGCUUCCUAGAGGUGGGAGUGUGGAGAUUGAGUGCGUUGCUCAGGUGUCCGACGAGCACCUGCCUUCGAAGUUGUAG